UAUAAAUAAAAACACAGAAAGUGAAUUGCUUGAAUCCCUAAAACAAAAUCUUAUUUUUACGUCAGGUGGUCUAUGUUCAGUGUAGUUUUUUGAUUUGUUUCCUUGGAAGAGCAAUAUAAACAACAAACCCUAGAAGAAGAGAUUUCUUUCACCAGAUAAGCAUCAAGAAUGGAUGCUUGUGGCAAUAAAAAGGCGAAAUUGCGCAGUGCGAGCUGUAUAACUGAUCUGAAUGAUGAUUGUUUGUCAGCGAUUCUUAAUCGAAUCUCUUUCCAGUCUGUUCUCAUGUACAAAUCAGUAUGCAAACGUUGGUUCGAUCUUAUUUCAAGUCUUGAUUUUGUUAGCGGCUUCAUAGCUCACCAAACCCGAAACCCCCCCAAACAAACAGAGUUGCUACUUUGCAGCUAUGGAGUUCCUAGGAAUUUAAGUCCCCUACCCAAUUAUUUGCAGCUAUCCCUUAGUUUCUUGCCGUGUUAUGAUCACGGGAAACCCCAAAAUGUUCAAAUUGCGGGUUCUUCUUAUGAUUUAUGCUUAUGCCUUGAUAUGGAUAAGUUUUUAUGCUAUAUUUGCAAUCCUUUUACCAAGGACUGGGUUGUACUCCCUCCUCUUCCUCGCAAACCUUUACUUGCCGGUUUUAUAUGUGAUCCUUACGAUGGCUCUGUUGGUAUCAACUCUGAUUUCAAGUACGAGGUGGUGGCUGUUUUGGAGGAAUAUGGUCCAAAUCAAAAUUCUCCUACAGCUGAAAAAAUGAUUCGGGGGAAAUUUUUUUCGUCAGAAAGUAGAGUGUGGUCUGAUAUUUCUUCGUCGUUUGCAGUAAAUGUGAUGUUGAAUGAUUACCCUCUCAUCUCUCCGGCUGUUCCUUACGGUAAAAUGGUGUAUUGGCCGGCUAAAAAUGGGAUUAUCAUUUAUAUAACGUACAUCAACAGGAGCUUUUUCUUUUUACCUACAAGAACAACUCGUCCAUUUACAUUUAGGAUGUGUCUCGGUCUAAGUUGUGACUCAUUGUGGACAUGUCAAAUCAACCAAAAUUGGGCGUUAAUUUGGAAAAUGGAUUUUGUUAGAAAGGAGAUGGUACUGAACAAAGUCGAUUUGAGUAAAAUGAAUAUGCCUCUUGAGAUAAGGAAUAGCUUCUUCACUACAGGUUUGAGAAGAGGAUUCCAUGGAGAAAUAUUAGCUCUCUCCCCUAACGAUCCAGACGUUAUAUAUUUGACUGUAGAUAAUAGUUUUGUAGUUUCGUGCAAUUUAAGAACCGGUACUUGGUAUGAUUGUGGCACACUCGAUCGUAAUCUAGCCAACGUUGUUAUGCUUUCGGUUCCGUAUUGGCCAACUCCAGUUCCUUCAUUGGCUUUCAAUCUACCAACGGAACAUCUAUUAGCCAAAAAAUAGAUGUUUGAACUGCAGAGACUCUCAGUCAUAGCAUAUUAUAUUAUUGAACUUCAGUAAUCUGCAAAGAAAAUCUGAACAUCACAUUCUCCUCCAUACAAUUCAUUUUGAUUAGGCUCUUCAUUAGUGACUGUUCACUAUGAGAAUUUGUCUACAGUAGGACCAGAUCUUGUUGAAAAAGUGAAGAACAAUGAGGUCACUCAUUUGAUUCAUAUUUGCAAUUAAAUGGGUGGUUAAAUUGAAUUUAUUUAUUUAUUUUGGUUAACUAUAGUUAAGAUUUUGGUUAAUUCGGUUAGUCUCAAUGGUUAGGUAAAUAAAAAGAAUUUGGUUGGUUA